AUGAGCAUGUUCAGAGGAGAUAGCUGGGCGAGAGAGGCGCAGCAGAGGAAGCGAAGGGUGGAGGAUCUGGCCCUUGAAGCACUCGAUGAUGCGUCUUCCUACAAGAAGCUGCUUAGCAGCAAAUACGAAUUUGGCCAAAUUUAUGUUACUGAUUAUGUUCGGGUAACAAGCAUAGAAUGGCUAUCUGAGUAUGUCAAAAUGAUCUCACAAUCUGGACCCUGCAAUUUUUUCAGUGCUAGAAUCUUCAACAAGAUUUGGUUCUUGUUGGGAGUGAAUUCCAUACUUGUAGAUAAAGAAAAAGACUUGGUUAUAGUUUCUGGCAACAUAGACCCAACAAAACUCGUAGAUGCAAUCAAAAGGAUUGGGAAAAAAAAUGCAGAGGUUCUGUUCUAUGAAAAGGAUCCUUCUCUCGUCCCACAAAAGCUAAACCACCUGUUCAACAAGAUACGUAGCACCCAUUGCAAAGAUUCUGAUACUCAUGUGGUUGAUGAUGCUGAAGAUCAUAACGAAGAGAACAAUGAUAUUCAUGACAAAAGUUGUGAAUUUUCCAAUAACAAUACAAUUCAUAAAUUGAAGCGUGGUCGUGGAUCUCACAGGCAUGACAAUCAACACCAUUACAACGUGCAUGGAAAAGGAUCGGAGACUAUUAAUAUAAGAGGUAGGGUCUUUGCUAAUCCUUCUGCUGCUGCUGCAACUCGAGGCUACGGGCAUGUUCCAGCAGGGUUGCCGCCAGCUAGAUCGUCGUAUGUAUAUCAAGGCUAUGAUUGGUAUCCGACAAUGAUGUACUCCGGGCCGCCACAGCCACCGCCGCUGCCACUACUGCCUGCUUAUCACGAUUAUUAUAGGCAAAUUAAUCUGCCACCACCAGCAGGGGCAGCAUUGAUCAUGCAGCCUGCCUAUACUCCUUACUACAAACAGCGGGAUCCACCAAAUUCCAACUCGAUCUUCCACUACUUCAGCGAUGAUAAUAGUGAGGCCUGCACUAUAAUUUGA